GUCAAAAAUUGGAGAUGGAGAGAAAAAAAAGACGACGGAAUCUUUCAACUGGCGGGAGCAAUUGGACAGCUGCCCGCUUUGAUUUAUUCGGGAACCUGGAUCAUGUAUUGAAAAUGGAACAGCACAUUCCUUGAGUACCUUCCUUCCCCCCUGCCAGAUCUGCAGCGCACAAUGCUCCGCACGCGCGCAGCCAGAGCCGCCGCGCGCCCGCGCAAUGCCGGCCCGGGCUCUGCCCCUCGGCGCCGGGGCAUGGCCACCGACGCGGAUGUGGACAAGGCGCGCGCCUACUGCCAGGCCCAGCUCCGCGCCGGCGACUACGACUCCCACCUGAUCCGGCGGUUCGUGCCGCCGCCGUCCCGGGACGCGUACGACGCCCUGCGGGCGCUCAACCUCGAGCUCGCGCGCCUGCCCGAGACGGUGUCGACGCCGCUGCUCGGCCGCAUGCGCACCCAGUUUUGGCGCGACAGCGUCAACGCCACCUUUGCCGGCCGCCCGCCGCGCGAGCCCAUCUGCAUCCUGCUGCACCGCGCCCUGUCGGACCUGUCGUCCCGCGGGACCACCACCGGCGGCGGCGGGGUGGUGGCCCCGUCGACGUCGUCCAUGAAGUUCUGGGUCCAGCGCCUGAUCAGCACGCGCGAGCUGCACAUGGACAACCGGCCCUUCGCCUCGCUGGCCGCGCUCGAGGAGUAUGCCGAGCACACGUACGCGACGCUAACGUACGCCGUCCUGGCCGCCGCCCCGCUGCGCUCCCUGCACCUCGACCACCUGGCCAGCCACAUCGGCAAGGCCUGCGGCAUCGUCGCCGUCCUGCGCGGCAUCCCCAUCCUCGCCGCGCCCCGCGCGCCCGUCCAGACCCCCAUGGGAGGCGGCAGCAGCAGCAGCAGCGGUCAGCAGCAGGCGCUGCUGCUGCCGCUGGACGUCAUGGCGCGCGCGGGCGUGCGCGAGGAGGACGUGUUCCGCAAGGGCCCGCAGGCGCCGGGUCUGCAGGACGCCGUCUUUGAGGUGGCGACGCGCGCAAACGAUCACCUCAUCACGGCCCGCGAGAUGCUCAAGAACCUGCGGGCCGGCAGGGACGCCGGCCACGACUACGAGCACGAGGGUGAGGCCGAGCACGUCUACGAGAGCCGGGAGGGGUCGCGCCCCCAGCAGCCGGGGGGCGUCACCGCCGCCGCCGCCGCCGCCGACGAGCAGGUCGCGGCGGAUCUCCGGCGGGGCUUCGGCGCGCUGCUGGAGGCGGUGCCGGCGGCCGACUUCCUGCAGCGCCUGGAGAAGCAAAACUUUGACCCGUUCAAGGUUGGGCCGAGCUGGAAGCUGCCUUGGAGCAUCUGGAGGGCGCUACAGAAGCAGCAAAUAUGAGGCUUUGCCAUGCUUGGCUCUCCGUCUCUGGACGGUAUUUUUGUGCCAUCAAAUGCUGGAAUAAUUCGAACGGACCGUGCAAAUAAAAUAGGAUGAAGGUACUUAGCAGGGAUACCGGGCCAUGUCUAGGAGUAAUCCCUGGCUCAAUUGGUACCUUCUCCCAAAUUCCUCCGAUGUCCUGGAUUGGUGUUGGUUUAGUUACUGGUGUUUUCCUGUCCCCGUUACACGCACUGGAUCGUCCGGUCGAAUUAUUCCAGCAUUUGAUGGUAAAAUAGUGCCUCACGUAUACCCACAGAACCCUGCUCCGUCUGGACCGGGCUCUUUGUUCUCGGUCAGUGCUCUGGCUGUCCCAUGCUCUUUUGCCGUCCCUCCACCCUCCAGCCAAUUCGAUGUCCAAGACUUUCCCCAAAGGCACCAGGCGCCAAGAUCAGGGCCUGGAAGCUUAUUGAACACAGUGCAUGCCUGCAAGCGGAUGCGGGGUUUAAUGCGAUCAGUUUGGAUGAAAGCAGGCCGGAUUCGCUCAGCCGAAAAAAGGUCGGGCUCGGAGGACAAGCAUGAUCGUCUGAAGCUGUGACUUUGGUCAUUUCCAUGAAAGACAUCCCAGCGCCAAGAACGCUUGUUGGUCUCGGCGCCCCAGGACAUGCGAGAAGCACAAGGCGGAUACGAAAGGAGCACAUUUGCAAAUGGGCUGGCAGAGAAUGGGACAUUUCAUCAGAGUGGCAUUAUUUCAAAGAUUUAGAUGUGAACCAUUUUGGCUCUCCCACGGUUCCUUCCCGAAGCGCCCACUCUCGGCAAGCUUUGCCAUGCCUGUACUGUUCCCUCGGCCGCCCCCGUGGCCCAUACUACCACCGACGUCUUGCGGAAUCAUCACUGUUAGAGAAAAAAAAAAAGAUCAAAGUAGAGAGGGGGUAUAUGGCGAUAUAAAAUAAUUCUCAUAAAUGAUGUGCAACUCCCGUCCCCCAGAUAUCCUGGCCGGGGUACGUGCCGUUCGAUACGCCAAAUAGACUAUGAAAUAAAUGUGACAAG